AGACGCUGCUCAGCCGGCGCCCGGGAAACGUCGCUGCGGUUGUGGCCGCGGUCGCGGGCUCGGACGAGGAGGCGGCGGCAGAGCGGGAGGCUGAGCCGGCAGCAGGCGGUCGUCCCCGUCUCGCAGGGCGGCCCCAGCAGCUGCGUCAGGGUCCUGAGGAGGUGGCGCUGGGCAGGAGCCGCUCUGAGGAGCAGCCAGGCCUGCGUGGGUCGGAGCCCGCGGGUCUUACUGUUUACUCCUUGAACUUGCUGUGAGGCUCAGGUUGGCCUUGAACUUGAGAUCCAUCUGUCUUAGCCUCCUGAGUGGCAUAUCACCAACUUUGGGUUGCUGAGUGGAUUGCCAUCCGUGUAUAUAACACUUGAUUCUCAUUGAAAUCUGUUAAUUCUAUUUUUUGAACACUUAUGAAUAACCACGUAUCUUCAACACCAUCAACCAUGAAGCUAAAACAAACCAUCAACCCCAUACUUUUAUAUUUCAUACAUUUUAUAAUAUCACUCUAUACUAUUUUAACAUACAUCCCAUUUUAUUUUUUGUGUGAGUCAAAACAAGAGAAACCAAACCAAAUUAAAGCAAAACCUGUCAGUUCCAAACCGGACUCUGCAUACAGAUCUAUCAACAGUGUGGAUGGCUUGGCUUCAGUGCUGUAUCCUGGCUGCGAUACACUUGAUAAAGUCUUUAUGUAUGCAAAAAACAAAUUUAAAAACAAAAGACUAUUGGGAACACGUGAAAUUUUAAAUGAGGAAGAUGAAAUACAGCCAAAUGGAAAAAUUUUUAAAAAGGUUAUUCUGGGGCACUAUAAUUGGCUUUCCUAUGAAGAUGUCUUCAUCCGAGCCCUUGACUUUGGAAAUGGGUUACAAAUGUUGGGCCAGAAACCAAAGGCCAACAUCGCCAUCUUCUGUGAGACCAGGGCUGAGUGGAUGAUCGCUGCACAGGCGUGUUUUAUGUAUAACUUCCAGCUUGUUACACUGUAUGCUACUCUGGGAGGUCCAGCCAUUGUUCAUGGACUGAAUGAGACAGAGGUGACCAACAUCAUUACUAGCAAAGAACUCUUGCAAACAAAGCUGAAGGAUAUAGUCUCUUUGGUCCCACGUCUGCGGCAUAUCAUUACUGUUGAUGGGAAGCCUCCAACCUGGUCUGAGUUCCCCAAAGGUGUCAUUGUACACACCAUGGCUGCAGUGCAGGCUCUAGGAGUGAAGGCCAACGUGGAAAAGAAAGCUCACAGCAAACCACUGCCCUCAGAUAUUGCAGUAAUCAUGUACACAAGUGGGUCCACAGGAAUUCCAAAGGGAGUCAUGAUCUCACACAGCAACAUCAUUGCUUCUAUAACGGGGAUGGCGAGAAGGAUUCCAAGACUGGGGCAGAUCACCGGGCACGAACCAGCAGCUGCAGUUGAAUUGUGGAGAAACCGCAAGGUUCACCAACCGGCCAGCCUGAGAGAGGAAGAUGUGUAUAUUGGCUACUUGCCCCUGGCACAUGUUCUAGAAUUAAGUGCUGAGCUUGUGUGUCUUUCUCAUGGAUGCCGAAUCGGCUACUCUUCACCACAGACAUUAGCAGAUCAGUCUUCAAAAAUAAAAAAAGGAAGCAAAGGAGACACAUCCGUGCUGAAGCCAACACUGAUGGCAGCUGUUCCGGAAAUCAUGGAUCGGAUCUACAAAAAUGUCAUGAAUAAAGUGAAUGAAAUGAGUGCUUUUCAACGAAACUUGUUUAUUUUGGCAUAUAAUUAUAAGAUGGAACAGAUUUCAAAAGGGUGUAGUACUCCACUGUGUGACCGCUUUGUUUUCCGGAAUGUCCGAAGGCUGCUGGGUGGAAAUAUUCGCCUUUUACUGUGUGGUGGUGCUCCGCUUUCUGCAACAACGCAGCGAUUCAUGAAUAUCUGUUUCUGCUGUCCCGUUGGUCAGGGGUAUGGACUCACAGAAUCUACUGGGGCUGGAACAAUUACAGAAGUGUGGGACUACAAUACCGGCAGAGUGGGAGCACCAUUAGUUUGCUGUGAAAUCAAAUUAAAGAACUGGGAGGAAGGUGGCUAUUUUAAUACUGACAAACCACAUCCCAGAGGUGAAAUUCUUAUUGGUGGCCAAAAUGUGACAAUGGGGUACUACAAAAAUGAAGCAAAAACAAAGACAGAUUUCUUUGAAGAUGAAAAUGGACAGCGGUGGCUGUGCACUGGAGAUAUUGGAGAGUUUGACCCUGACGGCUGUCUGAAGAUCAUUGACCGUAAAAAGGACCUUGUGAAACUACAGGCAGGAGAGUACGUUUCUCUCGGGAAAGUAGAGGCAGCUUUGAAGAACCUCCCACUGAUAGAUAACAUUUGUGCGUAUGCAAACAGCUACCAUUCUUACGUAAUUGGGUUUGUUGUGCCAAAUCAAAAGGAACUUACAGAGCUAGCUAGAACAAAAGGAUUUAAAGGAACUUGGGAAGAGCUGUGUAACAGCAGCGAGAUGGAAAAUGAGGUCCUUAAAGUGCUUUCUGAAGCUGCUAUUUCAGCAAGUCUGGAAAAGUUUGAAAUUCCACUAAAAAUACGUUUGAGCCCUGACCCAUGGACUCCCGAAACUGGUCUGGUGACAGAUGCCUUCAAGUUGAAACGUAAAGAGCUUAAAACACACUACCAGGCAGACAUUGAGCGGAUGUAUGGAAGAAAAUAAUUAGUUUUGGCAUUGGUUUGCUACAGCGAGCUCAGAUCAAAUAGGAAAAUACUUGAAAUGUAUGUCUCGGGCCGAGGCAAACUCCAUUCCUCAUAUUAAAUCCCGGCUGUUACUUCUCACUACGUCACCAUUUUUAACUGACAGGAUUAGUAAAGUAUUAAGACAGCAAACUCGUGUCUGUCUGUUCCUUCCCCUGCUCCAGUUUGCUUCUGGCAUCUGUGACUGUGCUUGUCAACAGGAGACUUUUUCAGAAUCGUACUGGGGAAGCAGCGAUUUUACAGCCUCAAGUUUUUAAACAUGAUUUAUAUGUUCUGUACAGUUGUUCAGUUUGUAACUUUUUAAAGUUUGGAUGUAUAGAAGGAUAAAUAGGAAAUAUAAAAAUUGGUUAUUUGGGGGGCUUUUUUACUUAUUGUAUUUAAAAAUAAAAGGGUAUCAAUGUGAAAUUAUGUACAUUUUAAAUGCUUAUGAAUCAAGUCAUUGUUGAACAAAAGAUUUGUUGCUGUGUAAUUAUUGUCUUGUAUGCAUUUGAGAGAAAUAAAUAUACUCAGACUUAUGUUUUAAGAAAUUUCGAAUAUAUGCCUGACACUGUUGGGUUUAUAUACUUGCUUUUUCUGUUGGGGAAAACAGUUUGCUUGGCACUGCAUUGAAGUGAAAGAGCAAGUAGGGGUACAUAACAGUUCACUCACAGAGCAGCUCACCACAGAGCAGCGGUGGCCAUGGGUGUGGUGGUGGGUGAGGGGAACCAGGGCUCUGGAGUUUCGCUCACAUCACAAAGUACUUGUUUAGAGACAUCCUAGGACAGUGUUCUCUGUGUUCUCGUAUGUUGUGUGUUGGACAGUUUUGUCCUUGUUGAAAUUUAACUCUUACCUUUGGAGAAACUUUGUAAAGGAGGGGAAGUGUGUUAAUACUAGGAGCCGAAAAUUUACCAUGGUUGCUGGAGAGCAUUUGUGUCUGCCUGAUGGCUUGCCUUCAGAAUGAUUGUGUUAAAAUAUUUUUAUAAAAAUGAUUUAAGUCACGUGUGUAUGUGUGCAUGCAGUGAUUAAAGAUGUCAGAAGGGGGCGUCUGAUCCUCUGAAAUGAGUUAAAAGCUGUGGUGAACCAAAUUCUACUUUCUGUAAGACUGGAGCAUGCUCUUAAAUGCUGAGCUGUCGUUCCAGCACUCUUUCAAAGGAUUUGUUUUUCUUUUUUAAAAAAUAGAAUGUAAGUAAGCUUCAAUGCUUUUGGAAAGAUACUAACAAUUGUGACUUGAAAUGUCAGCUUAAAAGGCAGUGUCUCACCAGUACAGUAAUGGCUGAUUGAACAGCAAAUAAAGCUGGUUAGUCCGCAUCAGA